AUGUCUGGCGGCACGAAGCAGAGCAAAGCAAUCGGCAUAGACCUGGGCACCACCUACAGCUGCGUCGGCGUGUGGCUCAACGACCGCGUGGAAAUCAUCCCCAACGACCAGGGCAACCGCACCACACCCUCCUACGUCGCCUUCACCGACACUGAACGCCUCAUCGGCGACGCCGCCAAGAACCAGGUCGCCACCAACCCCCACAACACCGUCUUCGACGCCAAGCGCCUCAUCGGCCGCCGCUUCUCCGACCCCUCCGUCCAAUCCGACGCCAAGCUCUGGCCCUUCACCGUCGUCCCCGGCCCCUCCGACAAGCCCCUCAUCCUCGUCACCUACAAGAACGAACGCAAGCAGUUCUCCGCGGAAGAAAUCUCCUCCAUGGUCCUCACCAAGAUGCGCGAGUCCGCCGAGUCCUUCCUCGGGACCCCAACCCAAGACGCCGUCGUCACCGUCCCCGCCUACUUCAACGACUCCCAGCGCCAGGCCACCAAGGACGCCGGCGCCAUCGCUGGCCUCAACGUCCUCCGCAUCAUCAACGAGCCCACCGCCGCCGCCAUCGCCUACGGCCUCGACAAGCGCGCCGCGGCCGCCCACCGCGGCGAGCGCAACGUGCUCGUCUUUGACCUCGGCGGCGGCACGUUCGACGUCUCCAUCCUCACGAUCGAGGAAGGGAUCUUCGAGGUGAAGGCCACCGCGGGGGACACCCACCUCGGCGGGGAGGACUUCGACAACCGCCUCGUCAACCACUUCGUGUCCGAGUUCCGCCGCAAGCACAGGAAGGACGUCAGCGGCAGCGCCCGCGCGCUGCGCAGGCUACGCACAGCCUGCGAGCGCGCCAAGCGCACGCUAUCGUCGACCGCCCAGACGACGAUCGAGGUGGACUCGUUGUUCGAGGGGAUCGACUUCUACGCGACGGUCACGCGCGCGAGGUUCGAGGAGCUCUGCAUGGACCUCUUCCUCAAGUGCAUGGAGCCCGUGGAGAAGUGCUUGAGGGACGCCAAGAUCGACAAGUCCCUCGUCCACGAGGUGGUUCUCGUGGGCGGGUCGACCCGGAUACCCAAAGUCCAACAGCUUCUGCAGGACUUCUUCAACGGGAAGGAGCUCUGCAAGAGCAUCAACCCGGACGAGGCCGUCGCUUACGGGGCCGCAGUGCAGGCGGCCAUUCUGACGGGUGAAGGGGACGAGAAAGUUCAGGAGCUUCUGUUGCUCGACGUCACGCCUCUUUCUCUCGGUUUGGAGACGGCUGGGGGUGUCAUGACUGUUUUGAUCCCGAGGAACACGACUAUCCCGACUAAGAAGGAGCAGAUUUUCUCGACCUACUCGGAUAACCAGCCGGGUGUACUCAUCCAGGUUUAUGAGGGGGAGAGGACGAGGACGAGGGACAAUAACCUCCUCGGGAAAUUUGAGCUGUCCGGAAUCCCGCCGGCGCCCAGGGGUGUCCCGCAGAUCAACGUGACGUUCGACAUCGAUGCGAACGGUAUAUUGAAUGUGAUGGCGGAGGAUAAGACGGCGGGCGUGAAGAAUAAGAUAACGAUCACGAACGACAAAGGGAGGCUGAGCAAGGAGGAUAUAGAGAAGAUGGUGAAGGAUGCGGAGAGGUAUAAGGCGGAGGACGAGGAGGCGAAGAAGAAGGUUGAGGCGAAGAACGCGCUCGAGAACUACGCAUAUAAUAUGAGGAACACGGUGAGGGAUGAGAAGUUUGGGGAGAAGCUGGGGGCAGGGGAUAAAGAGAAGAUAGAGAAGGCGGUGGAGGAGACGGUGGAGUGGCUGGACCGGAACCAGCUGGCGGAGGUGGACGAGCUGGAGGAUAAACUGAAGGAGAUUGAGGGAAUAUGUAACCCGAUCAUAUCCAAGAUGUAUCAGGGUGGUGGUGGUGGUGGUGGUGGGGAAGGGAUGGACAAGGAUGAUGGUGGCGGUGGGUCGGGUACGGGGCCCAAGAUUGAGGAGGUCGACUGA